AUGCAGCUCCACUUCGCUGUGCUUCUGGCGGUUGCUGUUAUCUUGGCAACUGCCAUCGACGGGGUAGACUCCACGACGCCUGAAUUUUCCUCCCUCGCGGCGACUAGACUCCUACGAACGGGUACCAGCGCCGCUACGUUUGAUGAGGCAAGAGCCAUCCCUGGUGUGGAGAGCAUUGCGACUUUUUUCAAGUCUUCGAGCCAAAAGAAGCUGGAAGACUUAGUGAAGAGCGGCCGAAGCACUGACGAAGCAUUUAAGUUCCUCAAGCUCGAUGAUGCCUGGGACAAGCUCCUCAGCAACCCUGAUUUCAAGGUUUGGAUGAAAUAUGUCGCCAUGUCCAAGGCAAGCCCAAAGAUCGCAGUUAUCGUAAAACUUCGGGAGCAAUUUGGGGGCGAGGCGAACCUCGCGGUGUUGCUCCAAACGGCAACAACAGUUAAGGGGACCAAGAAGACUGCUACGAGGUUGCAGAACACGCUCUACGAGCUGUGGUUUAACAGGGGUAUCAGGCCUGGCGCUGUGCCCGAAAAAAUUCUCGGGUACAAUGCUGACGCUUGGAGAAAGCUCGAUAUCUCGACUCCCCAAAGGCAAGCGCGGGUUGCAUACAGUACCUACCUGGACAAGACUCACCCCAACGGGUUCAAUACGAUGUACAACUGGUAAGCGUGCACGAUACUUAUGCUACUACUUACUACGUUGUAUUAGUAUGCAGGAUUCCAAAACAUAACAGUCCCGAAAAACAUAUUCAUUUUCUGG